GAAUCGCAAAUUAUGUGGUUCCAGGCUUGCAAACCAAUCCUCCAGAAAGGAAUUGUUUAGAAAAAGUAAUGGGUUUGCUUCAAAGCCAACCGAAUCUCACUUGUUUCCUCCUCUCCUCAUACUUGCCAUUGCUUCUUUCUCAUCUCUCUUUCUCUCUCUAUCCUUCUGCAUCUUCUGCCUAUUUAUGUAUACAAACUCUUUAGUAAACUUCCAAGAUUGGAAAACCAAGACUCCCCAGCAAGAAAAUAUAUUCACCUUCAUAUUCUACACUUCAAAACACCAAUCUUUCUAUCUCCCAAAACCUACCCCUUUAUAUCAUUCUCUUCAUGGAUGCUCAACAAGAAAUAGUGGAUUCUAUCAAAGGCAAGCGCACCAAGCGUCAUCGGCAGACGUCCCCUCUCAUGUUAGCCUUCACUUCUAGCUCUUCCAGUGGCGGAGAUAGCGGUGCUGAAAGAAUUGACAAUAACAUCUCUUCUUCCACGUCUCCUAGCACCUCCAUUGAAUUUGCAGAAAGUAUUGGUGUGGAAGAAGAAGAUAUGGCUAAUUGCUUGAUUCUUUUAGCUCAAGGUAGCCUCCACCACCAGAGUCGAAAAUUAUCUAAGCCUGCGGCUAUGGCUACGAGUACUGCUACUGCUGCUGCCAAUAAGGCAUCAUCAGGAUCUUCAUACGCUUACCAGUGCAAGACUUGUAACCGGUGCUUUCCUUCGUUUCAAGCUCUUGGUGGACACAGAGCGAGUCAUAAGAAGCCCGGUAAUAAGGCUCAUAAUGAAGACAACAAAGUGAUAGAAGAAGAGGAAGAUCGUCAACUUCUUAACAAUAUGAGCACAGCCCUUUCAUUGCAGAUGCCAAUAAAUAUCAAAUCUAACAAGGUUCAUGAGUGUUCUAUAUGCGGGGCUGAGUUCUCCUCCGGUCAGGCCUUAGGCGGUCAUAUGCGGCGUCAUAGGGCGGCGUUUGCUCCUUCUUCAACGACAACAACGACGAGGAGCUUGGUUACAACUAGUCCUGAGUCCCAAGAAUCCAAGAAACCACGGAAUAGUUUGCAGUUAGACCUUAAUCUUCCUGCACCGGAAGAUGAUCUCCGAGAAUCGAAUUUUCACUUUGCAUCCAAUGAACAAGUUCUUGUCUUCUCGGCUUCUUCUUUGGUUGAUUGCCAUUACUGAUAAUAUUACAGUGACAUCUACCCUUUUUUUCAUUAUUAUUUUUUAAUUCUUGUGGAAUUAUUUUAGUCCAAACUCAAUGUGAAUCAAUUGUGUUAACUUUAUUUUCACUAAUGCAAUCCAAUUAGCUGUUCAUUCUUUCAAUUCUUGAAUACAUAUAUUUUGAUAAAAA